AUGGAACAAGUAAGAGAACUCAGUGAACUGCCUCAAAAGUUCGUAAAAGAAGGUACUCAAUUUAUGAACCGAUGUACAAAACCUGAUCAAAAAGAAUACGUUCAAAUCUGUAAAGCUGUAGCUAUUGGAUUUGCCAUCAUGGGUUUUAUUGGAUACUUUGUUAAAUUGAUUCAUAUUCCUAUCAAUGGUAUCUUAGUUGGUAGUGCAUAA